UAAGAUCCAUAACAAACAAGUCACAGAUGAGUCCGGAGGCGACGUGAGCGGAGCCCGCAUCUUUUGCUUUUUAUUGUGACAGCUACAGUUUGCAGCCUUACUGAACACGCAAAGCACUCGUUAUUACUUUCAAGUCUGGGAUUUUCAUUUGUGGGAUAGUUUCCAUCUGCAGUUUGGAGCAAGGCGGACAAUGGCCAUAACCUCGUCACAGUGUGACCACACGGAACUGGAGGGGGCCGAGGAAGAUGGAAAGCCACCGGCGGCAGCAGCUGUGCGACGCAACCUGUUCGGCCCCGUGGACCACCUGCAGCUCCGGCAGGACUACCAGAGGCUGAUGGGCAAAAGCAUGGAGGAAGCCAAGCAGCGCUGGAACUUCGACUUCCAGAGGGACCGCCCGGUGCCCGGCUCUGUGGAGUGGGAGGAGCUCCCAUGCCAGGAUGUGCCUGCGUUCUACCGAAGCUGCGUGGUGAGGGCGGACACAGCCGGGCGCAGGGUGGAGCUGGCGGGGGACACCAGCAGGUCCUUGGGCUGUCCCACAGUGGCCGCAGAAGGAGAGGAGUAUCUGGAGGUCAGGGCCAAAGGAGUGUACAGAGGAGCCAAGCUGGAAAAGACAGGGCCAACCCCACUGGGGUUUAAACACCGACAGGCAACCAUCCCAGAUUUCUUCGCUGUGAAGAAGAGGAGGUUUCUUCAUCAGAAAGGAUCAAGACAACACCAAGACUGUGACAUUCUACUCUCAGAAAUCCUGCACUUUCUACCCCUGGAAACCCCUCGAGUACUAAAAUGUGCAAAAUUCAUGUUUCAGCAACACAAAUAGAUAUUAGACAGGCUAUAUAUCACUGCUCAAGUCAUCAGUAAGUCUGAGAGUUACCUUGCUAGCUGGCCUGGGGCAAUGCCAAAUCAAAAAUAAAGAAGCUGUAGAGAGCUGUAUUUAAUCAUAUUUCACUCAGCAAUUUGUAAAAGAUGCCACAUUACUCAAAAUUGCACUGGGUAAAUGCUAACAAGAUCCUGACACAUUUUAAUGCCUUCACUAUCAGACCAGAGUUGCAAGAGAACGAGAAAUUCACGAAGUCAUUUUUCCCCCUAGUGUUAAAGGUUUUACCAGCACCAUGGCUUUCCACAGUUCACAGUGUAGGCAACUCAGACCUCAGUUUUAAGAGUCAUUGGUAUUGUCUAUUGGACCAGUACUUUAAGACUCUCUUCAUUUCUAUAUAUCUCUUGGCCAUGCCAACACACACAGACAACUUAUUUUGUAUUAGCAGUAAUAUAACUUUUAAAAACAUGCUACCUUAGAUAUACUGUAUUAUCUGAUUACCUGAUACUGGUAUUUAUAUGAGUUUGUUUGGCCAUUUUAAUUUUGUAGCAUUUUUCAUUUUUUUUUAUCUCAUGCCCAGUAUAGUGGUGUUUUUUUGUUUUUGUUUGUUUGUUUUUUUGUUUUUUUUAACACGACACUUUUCUAUAUGAAGGGAAUGUAGCAUUUUAAAUUUACAGUGGAUUUAAUUGUGUAGAUCAAACAAACAGAAUUGUUUAUAACAUACCUAUAAAGUCAAGAUCAGUAUGUAGAAGGCAGGGAAACAUCUUCUGAUAUCCUUUUUUCCAUUGCUGUACUGUUGGUUUGCAGUGUGCUUGUGUCGUAUGUGAGGUUGUCCGUGUCAUUUUGUUUUAUUGUCAACAAAUUGUAUAAUUGUAAAGGCAGCUGAAGAAAUUGACCAAAGAAUUGCUCUACUAUUUGUUAAAAGGAAACAACAACUGAGUGCACCAUUUGGACUGGCGAGAGGGAGGGGGACAAAGCCACUCGUUAAGCAGCUUCUAAAGCUCACACUACACACUUCAGGCCUCACAGAGCAGCGGCAGUUCCCUUCCGUUUUAUAUUAAAACACAUUUGUCUGUAAGUAGCAUAAAGGUAACCUAGAGCAGUUCAGAUGGGUAUUUUCAUUUGUGAACAUUUUUGAAUGAUUAGCCAUUUGGUCAAUCUACCUCACAAAAACAAUGUCAGAAUUGACAAGGCUGGCGUCCUCGUUAGGAUGAAAGGCAAACCAGGUCAUAGAGGCGGAGGCGGAGUCGGUGGAGGACGGUCUAUAGGGCUAGAACGGCGAACUCACACACCUCUUAAAAGGCCUCUUGGAAUAUUUCACAAAUCAGUAGAAGCUGAAGUCCUUUGGGAAUUGUAGUCUUUGUCAUCUGACUCUUUCAACUUUCCCAGAAAAAAAAGCAGAACAGUGGGGGGAAGGGUCGAUAUUAAUAGAGUGUGCAGAGGGUCAAAGUCUUAUGGACUAAAUCCAAGGAGUUUUGAUCAGACGAAUGCCCUGUGUUCAGAAUCUUCCUUUGUCUGAGACUACAUGACUGAAUCACUUUCCAGCAUCUCUGUGUCCAGGCACUGUGGAGUCACCGUGGUUAGUUUUCUGCAAGUUUUUUUAAAUGAGUAAAUGAAUAGAAAUACACUGCAGGUUUACUUAAACCUCACGACACCUCACUUGUUUGAAAUGAUUUGCAAGAUUAUUUGGAUUUUCGCAUUUGUUUAUGCGCAUUUCUGUGUUUUGUAUUUUCAUUGCACCUGUCUUUUUUGUUCAACCUUUUAAAAAAUUAUAUUUUUAACUUAUUGUAAUAUCAUUCUGUUUUUAGGGUUACGUAGCCCUCAAUAUUACUAACUGUACUAGCUUUGCACUAUUAAAAAUAUUAGUGUAUUACAGUUUCUAGUGGUGUUGGAGAGCUGUAUUACAAGGUCUUGGUAUGUAGUGAGAACUUUCACUCAUUUUAAUGACAAUUACAGAUUUUAUGUUGUAUUUCAAAUAACUGUGUAUGACCGACCAACCUGCCUUUGGCCUGCCAAAAGAAAAAGGAAAAAAAAUAAGUUGGAAAAAACUUGGUAAGUUCUAAACGUCACCUUCUCAACCUUGUUGGUCACCUUCUCAACCUUGUUGGUAUAUCAAGAUGGUAUGUUAAUGCUUUAUAUGCAUUAGUGAAAGGUAGACUCAUGCUUUUUAAUACAGUAAUGUAAUUGUGCUUUGUUUUGUAAUAUGGGAGUGACUGUGUUUGUUUUUUCUUGUUCUUAUCAUAACUGUCAAUUCCAUCAUGUAAUUCUACCAGUUCCUGGGUGCACUGUUGUUUCUAACAUAAUGAAUAUGUUGUUUUUAAAUCAGAAAUGAUAAUAAAAGAUAUUAUGUGUUUCAAGAUA